AUGCCACGAAUUCGCAGAGCGGCAAGUAAUUUUGGAAGACGUACUCGGCAAGCUCGAGCAAUCUAUGAACGAAGAUUGAAUAGGACCCAUGAACAACAUAUGACGGACAAUAUGAAUUUGAGAGAGCAAGUAGCAAAUACACGUGCCAAUGAAAGUUUAGAGAGACGUACUCAACGACUGACAGAUAUGGCAUUAAGAAAUCGAGAGGUGCAACGAGGUGCGACCGCCGCCAUUAGAGAAAAUAAUCAACAACGAGUUAAUAAUCACAGAGCAUUUUUACGCGCAUCACUUUUGUGCCUGGCGUUUAAUUAUGAUCCUGAAAUUGAUUAUUCAUCACACUCUUUAAUUACCAUUGGUAAUAUGGACAAAAUGACGUCAUUUGGUGCUACGAAAGUAUUUGAAAAUGAAGAUGGUCGAAAUUUUGAAUCAACAUUUAAGAUACAAGGUCAAAUUUAUUUUAUGGGCGAUGCUGAACGACAAACAAACAUGCGAUGCGAAUUUAAUCACAUACAGCUAAUGAAGGAAAGAGAUAUUGUGAACUCUUUGGAAAUAUUUUUUAAAAACCAUAACCAGUUGUUGCAUUUGUUUAAGACUCUUUCAAGUAGACUAGAAAACGAUGAUUGCGCUAUUAUUAUCAGAGCAGACAAAGUGCCGGUUGGAGAACACACUGGCGCAUAUAAUGUUCCAACAGUCAAUGAAGUCGCGGUCGUAAUAGCUGGUGAUCUAUAUGCAGAACUUGCCAAAAAAGUAAGUGCCAUGGACUUUUACUGCUACCGAUUAAUGAUUCGAGAUAAUGAAGAAAAUAACAUUCUUAAAUGCAGACAGCUGUUCCAUCAGUUCAUGGUCGACAUGUAUGUGAAAAUUGAGAGUGAGAGAUUGAGAUUCAUAAAGUUUAAUCAAGCCAAACUCCGCGCUGAGGAAUAUAUACAUUUGCGUGAUGCAGUACUUGGUAAUGUAGAUGCAAUGAAUGAUAUUAGUCAUAUUGAUACUGCAUAUAUUCUUUCAUCUUCUUAUAUUGGAAGUCCGCGACAUAUGCAGGAGUACAUUCAAGAUGGUAUGGCUUAUGUUCGUGCAUAUGGCAGACCUGAUCUGUUCAUUACCUUUACGUGCAAUCCCAAAUGGGAUGAAAUAAAAAAAUUGCUGAUGCCGGGACAAACAACGAUGGAUAGGCAUGAUAUAACUGAACGAGUUUUUAAACAGAAGUUGAAAUCAUUGAUGAAUUUGAUAGCGCAUCAUUCUGUUUUUGGUGAAACACGCUGUUGGUUAUACUCAGUAGAAUGGCAGGAAAGAGGUUUACCCCGUGCACAUAUUUUGUUGUGGUUAAUUGAUAAGGUACGUUCUGUAGAGAUUGACAAUAUUAUCUCAGCAGAAAUUCCUGAUAAAAAUGUUUAUGAGGAAUUGUUCGAUAUUAUAACUACUAACAUGAUACCUAGUCCAUGCGAUACUCUCACCAUUAUGUCACCAUGCAUGGUGAAUGGAAAAUGUACAAAACAUUCUCCAAAAUCAUUCCAAAACGAUACUAUCACCGACAUUGAUGGUUACCCCGCUUAUCGGCAACGUGACGUUGACAUUGGUGGACAAUGUUUUGAAUUGCGACUGUCGAAUGGCGGGGUAAUAGAUGUUGAUAGUCGAUGGGUAGUUCCUUAUUCGCCUUUGCUAUGCAAAACCUAUAAAGCACAUAUAAAUGUCAAACUGUGCAGCUCGGUGAAGUCAAUAAAAUACAUAUGCAAAUAUGUUCAUAAAGGGAGCGACAAAGCGAUAUUUGCAAUUAAAAGUAUUAAUGAGAAUGAUGAAAUAACUCGAUAUCAAAUGGGUAGAUACGUCAGUAGCAAUGAAGCUAUCUCGCGUAUUUUUGGUUUUCCCAUACAUGAAAGGAAUCCAUCUGUGGUACAUUUGGCUGUGCAUUUGGAGAACGGUCAGCGGGUAUACUUUACAGAAAACAAUAUAUUACAACAAACUUUGACUGCUCCAAAGACUACUUUAACCGCAUUUUUUAAACUUUGUAAUAGAUCAGAUAUUGCUGGAAAAUUUGUUGGAACAUUAUUAUAUACAGAUACACCUAAAUAUUUUACAUGGGAUGAAAAAUUAAAAGAUUCUAAUCUAAUAUCUAAUCUAAUACCUAGAAAACGAGAUGCAGCAAUGAUUUCAUCUGCACAUAAAAUUCGACAAUUAUUUGCAAUAAUAUUAACAACAUGUUUUCCAUCAGACGCAUCUGCACUGUGGAAUACACAUAAAGACCCAAUGAAACAAAUAUAUAACGAAGCCUUAAUAAUGAUUGAAGAUAUUUGUAUCCAAAUUUUGAACAUGUCGCUAAUUCUAUUUGGCUUGUCAGCACCGAGCCGAGCAGCAGUAGAUAUCAUGAACAGCGAUGCUCAACGUGAACACCAGUUUGUUAAAACUGCUUUAGCUACAUUUGUUGCUAAUAAUGAAAUAUUGCUUACUGCCGAGCAACUAAACGCACCCGGGGGCACUGGCAAAACAUUUAUUAUUUCACUGAUUCUUGCGCAUGUGCGGUCGCAAAAUAAUAUUGCGUUGGCAAUAGCUGCAUUAGGAAUUGCAGCGACAUUACUUGAAGAAGGACGAACUGCGCAUUCGGCAUUUAAGUUACCUUUAAAUGUUCAUGUUAACCCAGAAGCAAUGUGCAACAUGAAGAAGAAAUCAGGAAUGGCGAAAGUUUUGCGAAAAUGUGAACUAAUCAUCUGGGAUGAAUGUACUAUGGCGCACAAGCAUUCGCUUGAAGCUCUUGAUAGGUCGCUGAAAGAUAUCAAAAAUAAUAAUUGUCUUUUUGGUGGCUGCCUAUUGCUACUGUCUGGCGAUUUCAGACAGACAUUGCCCAUUAUUCCACGAGCGACGAGUGCUGAUGAAAUAAAUGCCUGUAUAAAAAAGUCUUAUCUGUGGCGCCAAGUAAAGAAAUUACAUCUUAGUGUUAACAUUCGUGUUCAAUGUCUAAAUGAUGCUCUGGGGUCGAAAUUUUUACAACAAUUAUUGGAUAUUGAUCAUGAGUGGCUACAAGAACGAGCAAUUUUAGCAGCAACGAAUUUGGAUGUACACGAAAUAAAUUUAAAAAUACAACAGAUACUGCCAGGAUAUGAAUUCACAUUUAAAUUAGUUGAUACUGUUAUUGAUCCUGAUGAAAUCGUCAAUUAUCCAGUCGAAUUUUUAAAUUCUCUUGAUUUACCAGGAAUGCCGCCGCACAAAUUACUAUUGAAAGUUGGUUCUCCAAUUAUAUUAUUAAGAAAUUUAAAUGCCUCAAAAUUAUGCAAUGGCACAAGAUUAGAUGGGAAACAUUAUAGAGAUGGAGACUCAAUGAUUGUGGCCUUGUUGAGCUCAAGACCUUUAUGUUGGCUGAGUGGUGAUCCAAGAGCCUCAGCUUCCUGCACCUUCAUCAACUCUGUCGGAUUCGCCUGCUCCAUUGGAUCCAGUGCACCUUAUUGUGCUUCUGGAGUCAAUUCCUACCUCAGUAUCCAUUCCUUACAGCGAUCUGAGGAUUCCAGACUUCAAGCCACCAUCGGACUGGGCCGCCUUCCAAGCAAAUAA